AGAUGAGGGACCACUACUGCGUUUCUGAUCUUGAUCUUGAGAUACUCCCUUGGGUUUAUGUUGUUUAUGUUGCCUUCAUCUGAUAUACUGCCUGCCCUUGAGUAGUGUUUCCGUUCUUAUUUACGCUUACAAUUCAGCAUAUAAGUCAUCUUCGUACAUACCAGAGUACCCAAGUACCUACCCUUCAGACAAUACAGAACGAGAUGAACUGAGUCUCCAAGCUCACGACCACCAUCCCGAGACUGACUUCCCUGUGACACGAUAUCCAGCAUUUCAUCAGAGAAACAAACAUGGCCGUGGGAACAACACAGCAACAGCCACUGCCAGGCGCAGCACAGGCAAAGUCCACAGAGGCCGAGAGACCGGAGAGGCGUGCAGUCGUCACCACCAUUAACUACUACGACGACCCUGGAGAUGGGACCCUUCCGACCCCAAUCGUUGUAGGGGGUCAAAAAGUAACAAAUGAGAGAAAAAUGACCCCUCGCACCGUCACCGUCUCCGACAUCAGAGGCGAAGAGGACAAGUACACUCUCGACACCCACGGCUUCCAGUACGUCCGCCACACCAGCAUCGAGACGGACUUUACAGACGAGGAACGGGUCAAGGGCGUCUACUACCCCGAGAUGGAGAAGCUGUACAAGAAAAUCACGGGAGCAAGCCGGGUCGUCAUCUUCAACCACCAGAUCCGCCGCGGGCCGGCAAACUGGCACAGCCUAGGCGAACGCAACACGGAGCACCGCGGUCCCCUGCACAAGGCGCACGUGGAUCAGUCCUACGACGGCGCCGUCAUGAUGGCGAGGCACCACCUCGGCGCGGACGAGGCCGAGAAGCUCCUAGACAAGGAGAAGCGUCGGUUCCAGAUCAUCAAUAUCUGGCGGCCCAUCGAGACGGUGCGGCGGGACCCGCUGGCCGUGGCGGACGGAACCACGGUCGCGGAGGAGGACCUCGUUCCGGGGGCGAUUAUUUAUCCCCGCCACCGGGCUGAGACGUGGACGAUUAAGCCGAAUCCGUCACACCGGUGGUACUUCUUGGACGGGCAGCGGUCGGACGAGGCAUUGUUUAUCAAGUGUUUUGAUUCGGAUACAUCGGUUGUCCGGAGAGCGGCGCAUUGUGCUUUUCGGGACCCGGAGAUGGAUGGGAUGGAGUGUCGGCAGAGCAUUGAUAUUCGGGCGUUGGUGUUUCACUGAUGACCGGGACGGCUGAGAAGCGGGAAUGCCGGACGGUUUGUUUUGCCGUGGUUGUCUUACUUUGGUUAUUGGAACGAGACAAACCUAAGGGGGCGUAUUUGGGACGUUGAUGUUGUGCUUGGAUUCAAGACACGACGUUGAAUGGUAGCGCGCGCGCAUGGGUAGAUACACGUGGGAAGACAGGACCAAGCUGUGUCCUUGGGUAGAUCGAGGAUCACUGACGAUGAACACGAUUGGAUCGAGCAGAUCUGAUAGCACGCCUCCCUCGACCUUGAGCGAUCAUGCUUAUGGUCGAUUUCUUUAGACCUUGGGUUCGCUCGAUAUCAGUUGAGAGAAUCUGACAUCAUGACGA